AUGAACACAACAACGUCAGACUCAGAAGAACUAAAAAGAAUAAGGGGAGGAACAACAACAAGAAUUCCAGAUGAAGAAGAUCAAGAGCAAGAGGAGCCGGACCUGAUACCCCGUACGAAAGCUGUUGUAAUGGAUCCUACCACGGGUGUCAUCUACAGCCAGCAGCGGCAUCCUUUCUGGCUAGAAGUUUUGUGGUCACUGGAAGCUUUGAUUUUUUCCGAAGUUGUGAAGCCGGACCCUGUUUUCAGUAUUACACGAGAAAGAAUCUUUCCUCGGUACAACCACGGUGAGACGAGCGACGUGGACGCGAAGACAACCUCCGGGAACCCUCUAGUUUUCACUCUCGAAAGGGAUGCAGCAAUGAUGUACGACAUGCACCUCAAAGCUUUGCGAGAGCUACUACUGCAUCAAGCUCGAAAGGACAACAACCACAAGAAGCCCAGAGGCAGACAAUGCAACAGCGACGACAAUAACAACAGAGGCAAAGGGAACAACAGUAACAACAAAAACUCCAGAGGAGCAGUGCACUCCAAUAAAGAAGCAGAUGAGCAGCAACAUCUGCUGUAUUCAACUCCAGAGAAAAUUUACUACCGUAAUAAACAUUACGUUUUCAUUCCUCGGACUAUGCGAAAGAUAUAUGAGAGGAGCAUCUUUGGAAUUAAGGUUCACCCUGAUGCAUCUUCUGCAGCAUCUUGGACCUGUCCCGCAAGGGGAAUACAGCUCCAAGAUGAAUUUUAUUUAUGAUGCAUUCGUUUGCGGGCAAGCUCUAAUGCAAUCAAUGGGUUAGAUCGUGUUUUUAUGCUGCCAGCUCAUCACUUCAACCCCUUAGAAACCCAGUAUCAUCAUUGGAAAGCAAGUGUGAGAACCACGAAAAAAAUUCUUCAUCCAUUAGCUGCUGGUAUGCCGGAGAAUAGAACAAGAAGCUUGAUUUUUACGGAACAAGGAGGAACAUGUGGGUUUAGGGUUGCUCAUUUUUUUAUACAAGUAUAAAGAAGGGAGACAGAGACUCAAGCAAGAUAUUCCUACAUAAGUAGUUGACUGAUAAUAUCAAACCGUCUUUGUGAUUGUGUGAUGAUGACAAACGAGCUCGAAGCAACGUCAGCUCUUCUCCCUUCAUUACUACUGCGUCAAGGAAUCCGUUGACAAGAUCGACGGUAGGGGUGAAAGACUUGAGUCAAGAGUUUGACGAAGUAGACGAGUUGCAGGGCACUCUCUGGCGUCGUGAGAAUGCGCUCGCAACACAGCGUGUUGUUGUGGACUCAGGGAAGUUAUGUUUUUCUGUAGUGCUGAGGAUGUUUCAAUAUUUAUAGUGUAAAUUGAUGGCUGCUUCCAACUAUUUCUACUACGAUAAGUACCAGGAAUAUAACGGUGUUCGGCCUGCAGGCAGUUAGACAUCACAGUAAAGCAGCGAAAGGCAAAAUGGCUUCGUCGAAUCUAAUGACACCUCGCAAGAAGCAGGAGCCGCUUUCUGAGUUCUGCGGUCGACAUUUUGGCCUGUCCAAGGAGAUUUGGGAUAUGGGUUUAGAGACACGACAGAACCAACUACAGGCGGCUUUUCAAAAACAUGUUGUCGCGAAUGGACAGGAGAUGGUAGAGGAAGUGGAAUUUCAAGAAGGUAAAAAACAAGAAGACAGGACCACGUCAAACUAUAGCGACCAACGAGAUGUUCUUAGUCUCGACCUAGGAGCCAGACGAGCCUGGGGUGCGGCGAGUAACGACCCUUAUUCGCGUUUGAAUCUUCUGUGGCGCGAUGUGAGCUUUAGUAGCUACUUGUUUUCUCACCAUCGUUGCUACGGCGGCCUCUGCGGUGAACCGAAUGUGUGGGAAGAAGGUUACGGUCUUGAGAUUUUCUUCAAAUUUUUCCAUCUCGUGUUUCCUGGAAUAAUGCGUUGGAAAUGCAGCUCUGCUGUGUUGAUACUAGCCAUUUUUUUCCAGCCUCGUCUUGAAACAGAUCCUGCAUUCUUCAACCAAAUAGAGUUCUAAGACCUAGAAAAACAGUGUGUUGCCGCAGCAGCUUUUGACCUGAAAACUUGGCUCAUAGAGGAAACGCCGCAGGGUUUCAUGAAAUAUUUUCUGCAGCGUCUAUCCCGUCACCGCUUCCCGCGAUGUGAGAGAUACGACCAGUGCAUGGACAUAGCAACACGAAAAGGAGAACGACGAGGACACAGGCGACUAUUGGCGAAAGAAACAGUACAGGGAACUGAAGGAAACGUCGACAUUUUGGGGGUAGAAGAAGAUGAGCUCGUGCUUGCUGCAAGUUAUGUUGUUGACUUUUUUUUAGUGUGAUGCAGCUAAGACUAAGUAAUGGUUACUGUAUUCUAAGUGUUAUGAACAGGCAGAUACAGUUUUGUUCGGGGGUAAAGUUUGUUAGGGGCACUUAACGGACCGUGAAGCACUUAAAAACGGACCGCGAGGCACUUAAAAACGGACCGCGAGGCACUUAACGGACCGUGAGGCACUUAACGGACCGCGAGGCACUUAACGGACCGUAAGGCACUUAGCGGUCUGUGAGGCACUUAACGGACCGCGAGGCACUUAGCGGACCGUGCGGCACUUAACGGUCCGUGAGGCAUUUUACGGACCGUGAGGCACUUAACGGGCCGCGAGGCACUUAACGGACCGCGAGGCACCCAACGGACCGCGAAUCACUUAACGGACCGUGAGGCACUUAACGGACCGUGAGGCACUUAACGGACCGCGAAGCACUUAACGGACCGUGAGGCACUUAACGGACCGUGAGGCACUUAACGGACCGCGAGGCACUUAACGGACCUUGAGGCACUUAACGGUCCGUGAGCCGAGGCAUUUAACGGACCGCGAAGCACUUAACGGACCGUGAGGCACUUAAGCGGCAGGCAGGGCGCCUGAAUGCCAGUGGGCGCACAGGUGCCGCGGCGCCCUCCUCCUGCACGGGCCUGCCCCUUGGCCGUUUCGCUCCCUAACCGUUUCGCACCUUAGCGGUUUCGCCCCCUAACCGUUUCGCCCCCCAGCCGUUUCGCCCCACAGCGGUUUCGCCCCUCAGCUGUUUCGCCCCUUAGCGGUUUCGCGCCUUAGCGGUUUCGCCUCUUAACGGUUUCGCCCCUUAGCGGUUUCGCCUCUUAACGGUUUCGCCCCUUAGCGGUUUCGCCCCUUAACGGUUUCGCCUCUUAACGGUUUCGCCCCUCAACGCCUUCGCCCCUUAACGGUUUCGCCCCUCAACGCCUUCGCCCCUUAACGGUCUCGCCCCUUGGAAGCGGGCACUCGGAUAGCCUUUUUACUUCGUCCACUUUCUAACGCAUGCUGGCGUCAAACGCAAAAAACAGAAGCAGAACGAGCAAUAACGAUUUGCCACUGGGAACUUCCACUACUGCUGCUGAUGACGAGGAAUCUAGCAAGCAGCGACCGUCUUUUGUAGACGUUCUUUUGCGAAAAAAGUUUCUUGCAGCUCCUUUGGGAGGUUUUCCAAGUACCACUCGUGAAGACGAAACAGGCAAGCAGAUUAAUCUGCUGAACAGAGAGCAGCAUAAAAACGAUGAUCCUAUUGAGGCGUUGUACUAUCCUUGCAGCAGUCUCCGUUCCUGCGCAUCGCUCUUGCUGCAAGGUCAAUUAGCAUCCAAGCUGCUCGACGAGACGCAGGAAGAAGACAUUGCUGGCGAAGAAGAUGAUUUGCUGAUACGACAUCUGCGCAGUACGAUUUACGGUGUCCACCAUUUCGACGGCUCCUGGCUACCGUCAACCUAUCUGCACGAAUCCGACAACUUCACGAGUAAACUGCAAAUGCGUCAGUGGAUGCGGCAGAAUUCAAGCAUUCUUAGACCGACCUAGCAUUUUUCGCUGAAGAGAACGUCUUUCGGCUUACUAGAGUUUCGCAUUCAUAAUAGUAAAAAAGUGUUGUAACAAGUGACUUUCUGUUUCUCUACAAUGUUCUUGAUCCCCAUUUCCAUCGAUAAAGAAUCAAUUUGUCAUGAAAUUUCGCCAUGUGGUCUGCG